CACGCGCGUCACAUGAGCCGGAUGCCUGCCGUGCUCUCGCGGUAACUCCCACGUGAAGCGACCGUCGGUCUGUUAUGACACCACAGACGCUUUGACCCGAUCAGCUGCUAGCUGAAAGUCACGGUAGUGCGGACGCGGCUUGCUAACAGCUAGCUAGCACCGAGCUAACACCUGCCGCCAUGCUGGGCCGCUUGCUGUUCACCAUCAUCAACAAGCUCCAGGUGGUGGAGAAGCUGGCGGAGUCUCGUCCCAUGCGCAGGGCGGCGCAGAUCACCGCCUACGCCAUCACCAAGGCGCAGAUGGCCGGCCGGGACGCCUCGGAGCGGGCCAUGCGCUCCCAGACGCUGCGGCAGGUCCGGGAGGAGGCCGGCAGGGUGCCCCGGGACCUGGGGGAGGCGGGCAGCCGCCUGAAGAGGCUCCGAGAGACGUUCGUGAACGAGGUGAAGGAGGGAUGGAAGGACGGCUCCAGGCAGAUCAAGAAGUAAACAGGACCCGCUGGGGGGAGGGGGGAGUGACAGAACUUUGUGACUGGAAACAUCACUUUUAUGACCUGGUUGUGAUUCCAGUUACUUUCCUGAUGGAGAAAUACAGAAUCUACCUGUGUCAGCAACACGUCUCCCACCUGCAGACACCAGGAAGAGGCUGGUGUGAAAUGCUGUUAAUCAUCACUCACAUGGAAUCUAUGUCCAGAGAGUUUGUGUUCCUAAAUUAUUCAGCUCUCUGAAAACACAUGGACGUUUUGCUGUGUGCACUCAGGGUUUUAAAGAAAUCCUGUGGGGAACAUAGGAGCUGACUCAGAAAGGUUUUGGCAGGAGUUUGCUAAAGACACCUGCUAAUUUCAAAGUUAUUUCAACAUUUAGAACAGACCUCUGGAGCUGCACUGUAUGAAUCACCACAUAGGAACGUCCUGAUGAAAGAAUAGUUUUUUUAAAUUUCACUUGAACCGAUGUGCCGUGCACUCGAACAUCCGUGACACCAAAUCCUGCCGAGGACCUUCGUUUCCUUCAUCUGACAUUGAGUUGUCAGUGGGAAUCAUUUAUCAGCUGUAUGUGUGUAUUCAGAGGGAUAUUGUAUGUAAGACGGUGAAUUCACCCUUUUGUCCGGGUUGUAUAAAUAAAGAUGAUAAUAUAUGACAUAGCA